AGUAGUAAAGCUCUGGGGUCAAGCGUUGAUUGGAAAAUCACAAGCUAUUUUCUGCAAUACAUGUAAUCUACUAUGGUACGUUGCGGUGUGGUGGACUGGCAUUUUCUGAGUUUGCUGAUAAUUUUGUUUUCAGGUCACAAGUCCAUACAAGCACGAUACAUUAAGACUGCGUCAUUGUCUGGACGAGACCAUCCUACAUGUGGGACAACCUGGAAAAAAGCCUGUGCCACCCUCCCUGGGGCUCUGCAAGUUGCUGAAAAUCACGAUGUUAUUGAGCUGGAUGGAACAGGGACCUCUCUGCACCCUUAUGACUGCAAAUUACAGCCGUUAGAAAUCUCCAUAAAUGUCAACAUAACAUCAAGCAAUACAAGCCGUGCGAACAUCUCUUGUCCAAUGAUAAACAUCAAGUCUUCUCAUCCAACUACUUCAAAUAUAACAGUCAAUUUUACAAGGCUUACUCUGACGAACACUCCUAUUGUCAUAAACGAUUCCAGUAUCGUCUUACAAGAUGUAAUUGUAACGAAGACUUCUCGCUAUGCUAUAAGAGGACGUUACGAUUUGCUCGACGUAACUCCUUACGUGACCUUACUGAAAUCUACUUUUGAGGACAACGAAGGGAAGAUGUUGAGCUUUGACUUUGGUGGAUCGCCUGGGAUUUCUAGAGGGGAUGCUUUCAUCAUAAAAGACACAACAUUCAAAAAGAAUAAGGCAGAAAACACAAGCCUUUUAGAAAUCAGUUUGUCGGGCCUUAACGUAUAUAGUGACCUAAAAGUUUGUUUCACCAAUUUCACGAUGGACAGCAACGUCGCAUUUAGAGGAGUUUAUGUUUUCAGUGAAGUCACAAAUAUGACAACCAGAGUAAGCAUUUUAGAUUCACAAUCAAAAAACAAUUAUUGGCAGUGGUCUGGCAUUCAAGUGCACUCAAAUAACUCACUGUAUUCUGAUGUGGAAAUUUCAAGAUCUACGUUUCUAAGCAACGAAGGUCUAGACAUUGGUUCAGGACCAGGAUCAUGCAUAUAUAUCGAUGUAGAAGAUGGGCCAGGCUCUGUGGUACUCAGAGAUUUAAGAUUUGAAGAGAACAAAGGUAAAAAGAUCGGAAAGCCAGUUGCAGUGCAGAAAUACGGUUGCGUUCACAUUGAAUUUGACGGAGACAGUAAUGCAAAAGUCAUCAAUCUCACUUCAACAAACGGUGAGACUUCAGCGAUUCUAUUUCGCAUUGAGCAAAAAAACAACACUCUGGAAGUCAUCAAUUCUACAUUCAUGGGCCUAGAGGCGGCAUUUGGAGCAGGUGUGUUAAUGGAAUCGUGGACGUGCAAAGUGAGAGAAGGAACAUAUAAUUGUUUCUAUGAUACGUCAGUAGACCACGAGGUAGUUGCUAGGUUUGUGAACUGUAAUUUCUUUAACAAUAGGGCUACAAACAAAGGGGGGGCAGCUUGCAUUGCACCUGACAAAACCUUUCGAGGGAAUUUAAGUUUCAUCAAUUGUAAUUUCCGUGAUAAUUUUGCUUUAGAUGAGGGAGGGCAUGUAUAUGUGGGGGGUGGUAUGGUGGAAACAGUUUUUCAGAACACAUUAUUUCACCAAACUAAGAUGCCAAAAAGGAAUGAAGGCACAAACAUGUUGUCUUCCAUCAACAGCGGCAAAGUCACAAUGGUGGAUAGCUCCAUUGAUUCUGACACAAGAGGCAGUCUGCAGUCUCUUGUGAAAAUCCAUGCUUUCUAUGUGAAAGGCGCCAUGAGAAUCACAUGUCCCACAGGUACUUGGGUUGACUUCCAGAACUUAUCAUUCCCAACGCUGUUGCCCAAAUCAGGAGAAAGUCGUCAAACCAUCGUGUACAUCUGGAAUUGUAAAUCUUGUGGAAUUGGACUCUACAGCCCAUUGCGAGGUUCCUGGCCAAACACCAAAAGGACUCGAAUUUGUUCCAAAACAUGCCCCCAUGGUGCAUACUGCGGUGAAAACGAAAAUAUCGUUGCCAAGGAACACUGGUGGUGUUACAAUACCUUAACAAAUGAUAAAGUCAGUUGUUCUCACUGUCUCACAGGGAGAUGCUGCUCAAUGCCAAAAGGACAAGAGUUACCGAGUCCUAAGAAAUAUAACCAUUGCUGUGGCAACAGAACAGGAGUGCUAUGUGGACGGUGCAAAGAUGGUUUUGUGGAAACAUUGUUUGGAAGUCAGUGCGUGCCAUACGAUGAGGCGCAUGAUUCCAUAUACUAUAGCAUUAUUGGUCUUUUUUCACUUUUUUUCUUUUCUUACAUUAUCUAUUCCCGAGGCAAAACUGGCGAUUCUAAUCGCUGUAGUUGUCGCAAUUGCUGUCAUAGCAUUUGCAAAUUCUGUCAGGAAUCUGGAGAUUCUAAUAGUUGUAGUUGUUGCAGUUCAUGCUGUAGGUUUUCAGACAAGUGUUGUGAUUUCUUCAACGCUGUUAAAUCUGCUCGUGCUCGUUUAUCAGAUCUUUUUGCUGAGCAUAAUGGCAUUCGAUACAUCUUGUGCAUUGUGUUUGGAUAUCAAUCCUUAGGCUUAAUAAUUGAAGAAUCGCCAGAAAACAUACUUACACAGCCGGCAAGGCAUGUCAAAUGGCAAGCCAAAUCCUUUAGUGGUUCCCCUCCAGUAUUCCUUGGUGUUCAACUUUGGCAAAAGGUAUACUACCCUCUCAUUUCCUUUGCCUUUUGUCUCGCGUAUACUCUUAUUUAUCUUUUUUACAAAAACCUUUCAAAAUAUUUCAAGUGUUGUAAGUCAGAUGUUGAUGAUGAAGGGCAUCAAAAUCAGCCGAAAGAUUUAACGUCUGAGCCAACAGCAUCAGGAUCAGAGAAAGCAUUAUCCCUACCAUUAGGUCCACUGAAAGACCAACAUGAAGAACAACAAAACCAGCUGACAAAUUUAUCGGAAGAGCCGACAACGUCACCAAAACAAACACUAAGCCAAAGAAAUUACUUCAUAUUUACUUUGAUUGAAGGACUUGAUAUUUUGAAAGAUACAUCACCAUAUCUUUUUCUCCCUCUGACACAUAUGGUAUUCACUUUGUCCCUUCGCCAGAAGAUUAAAGACCGGUGCCACAACCAGUUUGCGCCUGAAGACCCGGUACUGGAUAAAGAACAACGAAGCAUGACAUAUUGCUUCCUUGAUUCCAAUGGGUUGCCACUCAUGUUACUCUUAACUUUACUCUCUUUCCUUUUCGUCAUUGAUAUCUUUUUCUUUGUCCGAAAAAGGAGGAGAAAUAUAAAGAAAGAAAGCGACAAAGCGGCUUUUUCAGACUACUUGGAAAGUGCCAGGUUUCAUCGUUGCUUCUUGCGUUAUGUCGUCAAAGCCCUGUUAGCAUUGAUUGCAGUUUGGGUAGUAGAACCAGAUGUCAAGCAAGCAUCAAUCGUGAUUAUUCUUUUGGCAUUUCUUGUUCGUCUCCAGUUUGAUCCUCAUGGCUUGUCUCCAAAACAUUCAGACGCACCUGGAAAAGAAGACUUACCAAACAAGGCUGUAAACACGCCAGGGAAAAAAGAAACACCACACAAGUCUGUAAACACGCCAGGAAAUGAAGACACAUCGAUUAAGGCCGCAAACACGCCAGGAAAAGAUGCCAAAGCAGACAAAGCGAACUCACCAAACAAGGAAGAAACACCUGGGAAAGCAGACACUUUUGAGUUGAUUGUCAUUGUUUUUUUAAUCUUUGUUUCCGCUUUAACCAUAGGAACUCAUAACUGCAUCAGCCAAAAUGUCAACCUCGAUCGUGGUGGCUAUUUUUCCAUGUUACUUGAAAGCGAAUGGUCCUUGGCCUGCAUUUUUGGCAAAACUCGCUUCUUAGUCUUGUUCGUUCUUUUUUGGGGUUCUCUUCUUGUUUUUGUGCCAGGUGUCCUGUAUUUGUGUUUUAUGUUUGUGCAUGUUGUGUCAUUUCCAGUUGUUUACGUUUUCCAUAUAAUUAAGGAGCGUCGUUCUCGUCCUUCGGCUCACGAGGAUCCUGAAUCCUGAACUAUGGAAGAUAAGAAGAUAUGAAGUCAUAUUCAUGUUCAACGGCCAGGAAAACCUGGAAAAGCGUGCACUCUAUCAACUGUUUGUAGUAUACGACUUGAAUCGCGCAGUGUAAAUGCCCCUACGACUUGUCUACAACAGUCGUACGCAACCUACGACUUGUAGUAGGAUUUUGAACCACUGCUUAAAAUCCUACGACUUGAAGUAGGAAAAUCUUAUAGUACAAGUCUCGCCCCAUGUAAGAGAAUCCAGAGAACUAGAGGAUUCCGGAUUCCAAGCGCUGGAUUCCGGAUUACAAAGAAUUUUUGUUUUGGAUUCUGUAUAAUGAAUGGAGUGAUUUCCAGUGUCUUUUUUUCCUAAAAAAAUUAUAUUCAGCGUCAGUAGCCUGCGCAGGGCGCCGGCAACGCAAGGUAGCGCGUCACUAAUUUGCACUGUCUCCAAUUGUCGCACGUUGACAAACAAACUACGUAUAUUAAGUACAAUAAAGUACAGCAUAUCAGUUGGAUGUACGUUCUCACCUCUAGACAGCUAGAUUUUCACUGAUAAAAGCAAUCUUUCUAACUAUCCAGAUUCUGGAUUCCAAAUAGUUGGAUUCCGGAUUCCAGGUCAGGGAUUCCGGAUUCCAAAUCUGUAUUUUUACUGGAUUCCGGAUUCCGGAUUCUCUUACAAUGGGCGACAAGUCGCGCGCGACAAAUCGUACCGUGUAAAUCAGCCUUCAGAAAUCGUUGUUAUCGUGAUGGGAUCUUAAAAAUCUAUAUUUGAAGAAGGAACUGAAGUUUUUUUUUUCAUACAUGCCUUCUUUCUAUUGUUCCUCAGCUCAAUAGAUGAGUUUUCGCGAUCUAAUUUACGCUGCGUUAGCGGCUCAGUUGUGUGCAAAGAGAGAUUUUUAAAUYUAAAACUCGUAAAAUUUCAAACUAUUUCCAUUAUCUUCUAUAAUCAAGAAUAUCUUGCAUUUGCAAGAGGAUGUUAGUGAAUAAAGAAUUUAUUACAUGGUUUUGAGGCUAACAAAGCGUAAAAGAGAUCACUAAAAAGGUUUAUUCUCGUUUCGCGGAGUGGAAUUAAAACUGUAAUAUCAACAAUGACAUAUGUGAUAUUCAUAGCGACAUUUUACUAGAAUUCAGUUCCAGAGUGGCUCUCAAGUAUGUACCACUGCAUGUAAGUGAGAUAUAUAAACAGAUAGAUACAUAAACAGAUGUUGAGGAUACAUAAUAGUCAAUUACAAGCCCCCCAAAACCCCGGGGAAUACCGGGGAAUUAACAUGUUAACAAUGUCAAAGUAUUUUCAUUUUCCGGUCCUCAGAGGCCAAGAAAGGAGGUCCUUGAAACGGAAUAAAUCCUUUGAUUUAGACAUUAAUUACUCCGCCUUACCGUUCAUUAUGAUGUUAUAACAGUGUUAAAUCCCCGGGGUAUAAUGUGUUAAUUCCCCGGUACUCCCCGGGAUUUGUUAGUUUGGGUAAAUAAUUCAAAUAAUUAGAAAUAGCUUUGUGCAAUUGGAAUUGUACUGUAAAUAUUUGAUCAUGCAUGUAAUCAAUAAAGGAGUCUGCAAAUUUA